AUGGCAAGGUGCCAUAUCUGCGAGCGUAUAUGUUCGUGCAUUCCUUCCGUUGAAGCAUUUCAUAAUUUAUUUAUUUUGUUUAUUUCACCAAGAAUCUAUCUAUCUAUCUAUCUAUCUUCUAGCACUCUCAGGGUAUUAAUAUCUAUCUAUCUAUCUAUCUAUCUAUCUAUCUAUCUAUCUAAGUCUCUUCAUAUCUCAUUUUGUUCAUAUACUUAUCUAUCUAUCUAUCUAUCUAUCUAUCUAUCUAUCUAUCUAUCUAUCUAUCUAUCUAUCUAUUUGUCUGUCUGUUCAUAUCUAUCUAUAUUUUGCACCUAUCUAUCUCUCUAUCUCUCUCUAUCUAUCUAUCUAUUUAUCUAUCUAUCUAUUUGUCUGUCUGUUCAUAUCUAUCUAUCUAUUUGUCUAUCUACCUCAAUCUGUUAUCUAUCUAUCCUCAUCUAUAUCUUGUCUGUCUUGUUCUAUUCAUAUCUAUCUAUAUAUCUAUAUAUAUAUAUAUAUAUCUAUCUAUCUAUCUGUCUUAUUCAUAUCUGUUUUGCCUGUCUGUUCAUAUACUAUAUCUACCUAAUCUGUUCUAUCUAUAUCUAUAUAUUUACUGCCGAAGAAUUUUAUAAUACCUUUCACAGUCUGUUCUGA